UAUUUUUUUCCUGGACUGUUGUUGUUAAACUUUAAUGUUAAUUUGGAAGCAAUUUAAUGUUGUAAUUACGCCUCGGAGGAGAGCAUCAGCAUGUCUGAUACAAGAGUUCUGUCUGCUGACUCCGGAACUGGGUUUGGGAAAUCAAGUCAUCUGUGAAGUGGUAGUCGAAAGCAACCAUGUCAUCCGAUUCUGCCCCCAGCAGUCGUACUCUGCGCAGUAGAGACCCCUGGGGCGACAAGAAGAGGCCAAAGCGAACACAGCCACUCCGUAAAAGCACAAGAACUGUGACAUCCACAAAAGACAAUAUGAGCUCAAUGAUGUCUUCAGGGGAAAAUCGUGGUCGAUUCCGAUCCAAGUUGACGGACACAUUGAAACUCAAACUUAUAGCACAACACCCACGCAAUGCAAACCACAAGAAAACAACAGCAAAGCCUGUUGUUCCAAAGCCAAUUGUGAAAAAGAAAAGUCCCCCGAAACCCCCUGUCCUGGUGACUCAAGUGAAAACAGACUUGGAAAUUCCUAGCGUGGCGCCGGUGAUGCCUGUCAAUGGAUUAUCGGUUGUGAAUAAUCACCAUAUACCCAAAUCAUACAUAUUACACAUUAGUAACCUACCGGUGGAUAUUACUAAGGAGCAACUUGAAGACCAUUUCAGGAAGACAGGAGGGGUAAAGAGUACACGUAUUCCAAAGGAGAAAGGAACAGAGAAGGGGCGUGGCUAUGCUUAUAUGGAGUUUAAGGACAGAAUAAGCCAUGGGAUUGCUCUGCGUCUACACCAGACCAAGUUAGCAGGUCGGAGAAUCAAUGUGGAGUUCACACCAUUAGCAGGAAAGAAGAAAGACAAACUGAAACGGAGACUGCAAGCCCUCUCACGACCUAAAUCAUCCCCCGAGAAAACAUGAUCAUCAACAAUCGUUCACAUCAUUUACCAUCGUUGCUGUGUGGUCAUUCUGAAACCAUUGUCUAUACCAGAUGCCUUCAGCGGAGAAUCUGGGUAGCUGUCUGUCAGUGUUUAUGUUGUUAUAUUAUUGGUUAGAUUAUGUCUCAUUUGUUACAAACAGGAUAGUUUGUGUUAGAAUCGUUUAGUUGUUAAUACAAUGGGUCAAUUAAAACAAUGGGGACCUAGAAAAUCCCACAGAAUCCAUUCUCUUAAUUUCAGACAUAGGAGCUACACAAGUCUUUAAGAAUGUCACGAUGUUAAACAGUUAUUUUGAUCCCAUUCUAUCAAUAUUUGAUUUGUGAUAUAGACACUCAGCCGAGGCAGUAUCCAAGGGAGAUAACUGAGUGGUAAUUGAAUUACCUCCCUUUAGUCGCACCUGCUUUUCAGAUGGGUGACAGACAGCUACACAGGUGGGUUUCAUGCAGUCAUGUUGGGUACUUCAUUAAUUCCCAUAAACAUUGUAUAUGUACUGAUAUUUUGUAAAUAUCAGUUUUUAUGUAAAUAUUAUUUGAUGUCUUUAUAAAAUUUGAUAUUUAUGGUCACUGAGUCUGUUGGUAGUAAAUAUUCAUAUUUUGCAACAAUCAUUGAUAUUGUCUGUUACUACUGCAGUAGACCUAAACAUUAGAACAAUCUCAAUGAAAUCAGAUCUUUUACUCUAUGUGGGUAGAUCUGAUGACACCUAACAACUGGAGGGUCGCGUCAGUUCUUUUUUACCACCAAAUAUGCAAGAGAUACGUGGGGUUUUAAGACAAUAAGAUUUCAACUUUCAUGGGUUGCUGAAGGCCUGUUCAACCCCAGAUCUUCACCGGUCUGCAAUGCUAAGGAUGCCCCCUUGAAUCAACCUCCUAUGGCGGUGUUUUAAGGACUUCACAAAGAGAGGUACCGUAUUGGAGGAAAAGAUCUGAUUUUAAGAUCAGAUUGAAAUUAGAUGUGCAUUUCAGUCUCGUCUGUGUUUCAGUUCUUUCACAAAGCUUAGACCAAAUACUAUGUUUGAUAUGAAUAGGAUAUUUUUGAAAAUAACCUUUUUAUGUUUCAGUUCAAUACUAGAAGCCUUGAUUUCAAAAUAUUUGAUGUUAUGUGUUAUUAAUUUAUAUCAUGUUGUUUGUUGCAAAGAUAUUUAAAACUAAAACAAGUUUUGACUAUGUUUAAACUAUCAAUACAAAUCUGAUGUGUUAAGAUUUAUGAAAAACUCACUAUUUAUAUACCUGCUUUACAACAUGCUGUAAAUUGCUGUUUCUGUGUAAAUAAUAUAAGACUAUUUAUAAAACUGUUCAUCGUAGGUCAACUAUUUCGAUGUUAUUCUCAUGCUUUGGAGUGUUUGACAGUGUAGGUCACUAGUUGUCCAGUUUAACAAGCUUUUAUGAUUCACUUCAAUGGUCACGUAUGUGUUGGGUAAAAUCUAUUGAAGAAGUUUUCAGAUAUUUGAAGUUGCUUAAGCUACAAAAAACAUUAAACAUGUUCCUUCUGUUCAGGUCAAUAUGGAACGUCAGUCCUCAAAUAGUAUGAUUUCAGUUUCUUUUACAAAUCUUUAAGCAAGAAUAUAUUCAUCCAAUAUUAAGUAGGCACUUUUUUCAAAUGCCAGUGUUUUGUUUUGUGAGGUCAUAUGUACAUUAGCAAUGUAUGGAAAUAUCUAUCUGAUUAAGAUGCGAUUCUGUAUGAAGUAUUUGGCCCAUCUGUUUGUUCAUACAGUCACUUUGGUGACUGUUGUAACGUGGGAUGUCUGCAGUGAAUUGUCCCCAAACUUUACUCCUUGCCUUACCUUAUCACAUAGGUCUGGGUGGGAAAGGUAAUAAAGACUUGGAAUGAAAAUGGAUAUUUGGAUACAGUGCUGAUAUUUCAAGAUGCAUGCGACAAGACAAGUGGUCAGUCUUUUACUGCACUGCUGCAAUUCGCUAUGCAGAGUUGCAUCCCUUAGGUUUCCGAGAAUGCUAUGAUUUUGGGUUCAAGUUUUAAAUUUGCCCGUUUUUGAUUGUUGGUUUUUCAGCACCAUACUUGUGCUUUUGGUUUUCAACUUAGUGGUAGAGGUCUAAGACCUACACAACUUUGAGGUUUCCCCAAACACACAUCGGCUGACAAAAGGACAAUAAUGAUAGGUGAAAAAUGAAGAUUGGUUAUUUCUCAACACACCAGAGGAAGGAACCCCAUCCAUCUGUCAUGCCACCAUAUAUCUGAAAAAAACGGUUAAAGCAGUGUUAAACCCCACCCUGAUUUGAAAGACAUGUAAUUCUCAACAGACUGAACCUAUUACUACAGACCAUUAAAUCCUGUGCCACCUGCACUGAUGUAGCAAUACAAUGCCAGCUAUGACAUGGGAGACCCAGUCCCACUUCUCCAAGGGCUGCAAUUCGUUGUGCAGUGUUGCAUCACUGAGGCACUCCAGAGUCUGUUCGUUGGUUCGAAACCCAGAUUCUGCCUGAUUGUUUCUUGGUUGCUCGUGGGUUUCAUCAAAGUGGUAAACAUCACUUUUGACUUUACUCCCACAUCAAGCUGAAACUCCUGCGUAUAAAUGUAAUACUGUUUAAAACAGCCUUCAACCCAACUCAAUACCAUGUAGUCAUAUUUUAGGCUCUGUCUAAAAUUUGAGGGCAGAUACUGCUAAUAAUGAAUUAAGUUGCCACAGAUUACAACAUUGUGUACAUUUAGUGGGGAAUAUUUGAAAUGUAUCAUGUACAUGCUGGUGCAUGUAACUGUGCCAUGAUAAUGCAGCAUGGUGAUUUGUUCAUUCAUGACAUGUGCUUUCCCUUGAGAACCACUUUAGCAUGUGAAGAGCCUGGUGAAAGUGAUUACUUCAAUGUUGUCUUGCUUCUCACAAGUAGUGUUCAGUGCCAGAGACUGAACUAGCAUUAACAUUCAAGCUGUUUAUUCAUCUGACGUGUGGGUAUCGGCAGUUGGGAGAAUUACAAUAGUCAUCAUGUUAAUGUUAAAUCUGUCAUGUUGCCUGAAUAAAAUUGUGAAAUAACCAA